UGGACUCACAGCGCUUCCGUCCGACGCCAUUUUGAUGAAACAGCGACGAGAAGGGAAAUCGACGUCUUGCGUGACGGUGUUGGAUUUUGUGUCCAUAGACGCAUUGUGGAAACCUUUUCGCCGAGCAACACGACUGAUGGACCAGAAGAGGAGAACGCUCCCAUUUUGGGUUCAGCCGGUGUUGGCAUUAUGAUUAGUUAGCAUAGCUUGUUAGCACGGCCCCUAGUCGGUCAUUGCGUUAGCUUGCGGCGCAUGUCUGGCUACUUGUGUCACUGUGUAGCGGGCUAACGUCGAUGUGUUUCAUGUUAAGUUUGCGUCAAUUGUCGUUUCAUUAGACAUUCCUCUUAGCGUAAACGUUGUGGACUCGUUUCUACUGCCUCCACGCAGUUCUGUGGACUUUUGGGACGUCUUAACAAACCACGGACUACUGCUAGCAACAUUAGCUAGCGGCCUCGCUUUUCGCUCAAGGACUUUUCAUGGCGGAUGUGGCCUUUUUUUUUAAACGACACUCUAAAUAAUAGGAGUACACUCUAUUGUAUCCACUCGGACUGUGGUGGCACCCUGUUGUUGUGGGUUUUGUUGGACUUUGAGGACUGACAAAAGGCACACGGGCCGUCGGUUGGCGCGCCAGCCUUUAAUGUCGACGUCUUUGGUUGGGAUUAACAAGGACUCUUCGUCACUUGCGAGCUGAGCCACUCGCCCAUUUUAAUCAAGCCCUUUAAGUUUGUCCAGUGUUUCAGCCCAUUUACAGCUUUACGUAUUAAAAGUUACCAGGUUUUGGCCUCCUGUGUUGAGUGUUGACGCUGUUUUAUUUCGUUACCAAGCCUGUCUCUCCUCCCUCCUCCUCCUCCCCUCUUGUACCUGACCUAUAAGUGCUUCUAGGCCUGUCACAAAAUGUCGUGUGUUCACUACAAGUUCUCCUCCAAACUGGACUACAACACGGUAACUUUCGAUGGUCUCCACAUUACCCUGAGUGAGCUCAAAAGGCAGAUCAUGGCCAGGGAGCGCCUCAAGGCCACAGACUGCGACCUGCAGAUCACCAACGCGCAAACUCGGGAAGAAUACACGGAUGACGAAGCCCACAUCCCCAAACACUCAUCGGUGAUUGUCCGCAGGACUCCCAUCGGCGGAGUCAAGCCUGCAGGCAGGACGUUCAUUGUAGAUCGUUCUGACACUUCUGUGGUGGGAUCAUCCAGACCCACCGACUCCUCUCCUUCUAUGUCUCUCGCCCAACUCACAAAGACCGCUAACCUGGUUGACGCAAAUGCAUCCGAGGAGGACAAGAUUAAAGCAAUGAUGUCUCAGUCAAACCACGACUAUGACCCCAUUCAUUACUCCAAAAAAGCAGUCGGACCGCCACCUGCUCACUACACCUGUUUCCGGUGCGGAAAGACUGGCCAUUACAUUCGCCAGUGCCCCAUGCUUUUGGUCCAAGAUAAGAGCUUGGAGGGUCCCAAGCCAGUAAGGACUAGUAAGGGGAUUCCUCAGAGCUUCAUGGUGAAAGCAGAUCCUGGCACCAAAGGAGCCAUGUUGACCAGCACUGGAGAAUACGCCAUACCAGCUAUAGAUGCGGAGGCGUACGCGCAAGGAAAGAAGGAGCGUCCGCCGUUUAUCCCACAUGAUCAGUCUUCUUCCGAGGACGAUUCAGAUCCCAUCCCCGAUGAGCUCCUGUGUCCCAUCUGCAAUGACCUGAUGACAGACGCUGUGGUUAUUCCUUGCUGUGGAAACAGCUACUGUGACGAGUGUAUCCGGACUGCCUUGCUGGACUCUGAGGAGCACAUUUGCUUCACAUGCAAACAGUCAGAUGUUUCCCCUGACAAUCUCAUAGCCAACAAGUUCCUUCGACAGGCUGUGAACAACUUUAAAAAUGAGACGGGCUACACCAAACACGGGCGAAAACAGGUCCCACAUUCGGUGCCCCCUCCUCCGCGGCUGCACCUGAGCAGGCCUCUCCACUCCAGGCAGCAGGACCCUCUAAUGGCCAACAUCGCCCAGCCUCCUGCUGCUGUCAGCGUGACCCCUGCGCCUCAAGUUCAGGCCCCGCCCCCAGCUUUGCCUGCUCCUUCCGUUACCACCACUUCUACUCCUACACCUACUCCGCCUUCUUCCCCCCCUCCUCCUCCUCAUGCCGAUGUUGUUGAAGAACGACAAAAUGCUUCACCAGCUCCCGCACCUGUUGUGGACCACAGUUCUUCCCGGGUCGCCAUCAGCCAAGGAGAGCCACCCCCACCAGGGGAGACAGACCCAGCGAACAUUGUUAUGCCAAGCUCAUCUAAAAAUGCAGACAGAGACAGACAGGGCUACCAAUUGAAUCUUGGCCCGCCACCAUCUUCAAGGCCAACUCAUCCAUCAAGCCAGCAUUCCCGAUCCAACCAACAUCACAGAGGAGGCAGACACUGGGAAAGGUCCUACAGAAGCAGAGGUGACCCGCCCUCCACUCACCUCCCAACAGCUCCACCUCCUCUACCUGCUCCUCCCAUCUAUGCGACACCAUCCCUGUACCCACCCCCGCCGCAGCCCUACCCGCCCUUGUACCCCACUGGCCCCGGCCUCAUCCCACCUCCUACGAUGGGUUACCAGCCUCAGCCCAUGUAUCCCCCUGGACCCCCAGGGGUCAACACGCCCUGGGGUGCCCCCGGUAGCCAACCCCCACUUCUUCCCCUGCCCCCAUCCCUCAACCUCAAUCCACCCCCUCUCUCGAAAGAGGACUUCUACAGGCAGCGACACCACCGACAAGACAAUAUUACAUCUAAACUGGAUGAAUUUACAAAAGACUUCCACAAAGAGCUCAUGAAGUACCGAAAUGCACCAAAGAGGCAGAGACCUUCGUACUCCAGCAGGUCCAGAUCAUAUAGCCGCUCUCCGUUCAGCCGCUCUUACACUCGCUCUCGAUCCAGAUCCAGGUCCAGGUCAAGGUCUUAUUCAUACACCCCGAGUCGGUCGCGGUCCCGUUCACGUUCCCACGGGCGGCCAUAUCCUCGCUCUCCGUAUUCCCGACGCAACGGACGCAGUUAUGGACGCUCACGCUCAAGAUCUCGUUCCCGUUCAAGAUCAUACGGGUACAGGCGCUCUGGUUCACCGCGAACGUCUCCACCCUCCUUCCGUGGUGGAGGUUGGGAGGGGGCAGAAGGGGCAGGACCGUUCAGAUCUAGGUCACGUUCUCGCUCUCCGGGUGCAUUGCGGAGCCGCAGUCCCGGUGUACGAAAGCCACCACCACGAGAGCUGCAUGAACUGAAGGGACUAAGCCCCGCAAGUCAGGAGCGCUGGGAGCGGGACCGUUAUCGGCAGUGGGAGAGGGAGUACAGAGACUGGUACAACAAGUAUUACAAAGACUAUGAGAAUCAGCAUCAGGCAGUGCAUCAUAGAGGCCGUGGUAGCAGAGAAAGGGAACGGGACAGAGUGUCCCCCCUGCACAGAGAGUACUCCCCCCAAGGAAGAGGGAGGAGAGGGAGAGAUGAGAAAGCUGCACCAUCUCACAAUCCAUCAUCCUCAACAGGGACAAAGACCAGCACCAAGGUUCUCAAGACAAAGAAGGUAAAAAAGAAGAAAGCUGGGGAAGAACCUGAGCAAUCGCAGCAGUCCAUGGACACAGGCGACGCUACUCCAGUUAGAGAUGAGCCUAUGGAUGAAAUCCUGUCUCCAAAUAAAACACCCCACGUAUCCUCAAAACCACAAUCUGCCACCACUACCUCUAAGGCUCCUGCCUCUAAAAGCUCCACUGCAUCUGUCAAAACCUUGGUCAAGUCAACGUCCAAGACUGACAAGACCAAGAAGGAGAAGGCGCAGAAGGUAAAAGUCAAAGUGAAAACAGAGGCCUCUAAAGUUAAAAGCGACAAGGUGAAGAAGAAGACUGGUGAAACUGCAGUGACCAAAAAGAAGGACCCAUCUUCUGCUAAAACGUCAAAGCCCACCAAAGCCAAACCUGAAGAUGCCCACAACUCAACCGCUCCUAAAAAGGAGAAGGCUAAAAGCUCGUCUGUGAGACCUCCCCAGCCCAAGACACACCCACUGUUCUCCCAAGGUGUACUUGUGCCACAUCCUUCUCUCCACGAGAGCUUUCGACCUGGCAAUGAUAAUCGAGGCCGUAGAGACCCCCCACAUAGCGGCGGCCUCAUCCCCCUCACCCAUCAACAAGGGCUCACGUACCUCCACCGACCUCCAUCACCACUUGACAACAGGCGGAGGAUGGGAGAGGAAGGCCGUUCUUUACUUGGCUCUCCACCAGGAAAAUUGAGAAGACUAGAUGGACCUGGGAUUGGAGGCGAUGUCUUCUCACACCCACAUGCUGCUCAUCAGCCACCGCUCCAGAGAAUUUCACACCCAUCCGACAGAGCUGGUCUUCUUCCCAUUAUGGUGGGCCGCGAGAUGCUCUGGGCAGACAAAGACCGAGGACCUAUCAGACCUCUCAUGGAGGUUCCGGUGAAGCCUGUGACCCAGAGAAGCAUCCCGCUGAACAGGGAUCCUGGAAGAAAAGGCAACUCUGACAAUUCAACCUCUGACAAAUCUUCUGGUGCUGAGAAAACCACCACAGACCGAUCCUCUGUGGCCAACAACCCAGAUGCUGACAAACCCAGCAGUUCUUCUGAAAGUGUUAUCAAAAAGGAGUGGUCGGCUUCCUCUGACAGAGGCGUCUCUAGAGAAAAAGCUGGGGAGAAGUCAUCUGCCUCUGAUAAAGACUCUGACCGGAGCUCAGGUGCGGACAGAGAGCGGGAAAGUGCUUCUAGAGCGGACAGAGAGAGAGACAGAGCUUCAGAUCGAGGUCGGGAAAAAGCCUCACGAUCUGACCGAGACCAGGAAAAAGCCACAGAUCGAGGUAGGGAAAGAGCCUCAGGAUUGGACCGAGAUCGGGAGAAGGUUUUGGGACCUGACCGAGAUCGGGAUAGGACUUUAGGUUCUGACCGAGAUCGGGAUAGGACUUUAGGUUCUGACCGAGAUCGGGAUAGGACUUUAGGUUCCGACCGAGAUCGGGAGAGGACUUUAGGUUCCGACCGAGAUCGGGAGAGGACUUUAUCGGAUCGAGAAAAGGGUUCUGACAGAGAUCGUGAAAGGACUUCUGGGUCAGACCGAGAUCGGGACAGGGGUUCAGAUCGAAGCAGAAGUGUCGGUUCUGAAAAAGAGCGUGACAGAGUCUCUGUGUCGGCCUCACAGAAGGUAGCGGUCUCAGCAGGAAAGGAAGCCGAGGCUGGAGAUAAAUCACACAAGAUAGAGCGUAAGAACUCUGGCGGAAGUGCGUCUGUGAGAUCUGUUUGCCUGGAUGGAAUGACAAUUGGAGAAAAAUCAGCCAUCAGCAAGAAGCAGGAGAAGCCAAGCAGUUCCUCCAAGGAGAGAGAAGCCACGGAGAAAGCCCCAAAAUCUGACCGUGUUUCCAAGGAGAGGACAGAGAAGAGCCUGUCGUCUGGAAAGAAGCCAGAUGCUGCUCCCAGAGGGAAAGACGGUGAGACUACAACUGUGAGGACCAAGCCCAGAAUCAGUCGCAAGGUUUUAUCGAGCCAGCCUGCAAGCUCCACCAGGUCAACUCAAGAGACGAAACAGACUUCUGAGAAAGAGAAGAGUGAAUCUCCCACUAAUUCAGAGCAGCACCCACCUAGCACUGAGAGCCACAAUUCAAGCCCGACAAGUGUUACACAAGCCGGCCCGCUCGGAGAGGAACUGCUCAUUCAGGCGCCUCCUCGCUCUAAGUGGGAGAGGGAAGACGACGAGGAGGAGGAGGAGGCGGCGGCACAGGAGAAGGAAGCCAGCGCACCUAAGGAGCCCAUUCCUCAGAAGAGCCAAACAAGAGAGGCACAGACGGAUGCGCCCAAAACUGUCAAGAGUGAAGCUCGUGAGGUCACCCGAGAUGAGAAGAGAGUUUUGGCCAAGGAGGAGAAGAGGGUGCCUAAAGAGGAGAGCAAAGGCAGCAGACCCCCCUUGUCCACUUGUGAUAAACCCACUAAAGUUAAAAUUGUAAGAGAGGACAGGAAGGGAGGCAGACUGGAAAGGGGGUCCUCAACAAGAGAGGAUGGAAGAGGCAGAGGGGGAAGAGAGGAGGUUAAGGGGGGUGUUCUGAAGGAAGAGAGCAGGGGGUCUACGAAGGAGGAGCGAGGUGGGCCUGCAAAGGAGGAGAAGAGCAGGUCCUCGAAGGAGGAGAAGAACGGUGGACGGGAGAACCGAGGGCCAGAACCCAGGAGACAGCGCCUGUGCUCUGACCUGGCCCGCGAGACCGACGAGGCCGCCUUCAUCCCAGACUACAGCGAGGGAGAGGAGGGCUCCAGCGACUCCAACCCGGACAGGCGCACCCCCACGCCCUCGGCCAGCCAGCACUCAAACAGCGCCGAGCGGGACAACCGCAGUGACUCCACCGGCGCCGCUCCUGACAAGAAGCAGAAGAAGAAACACAAGAAGCACAAAAAACACAAAGAGCAGGAGAAGGAGGGCGAACACAAGGAGCACAAAAGACACAAGAAGCACAAGAAGCACAAAAUGCAGGACAAGGAAGGCGAACCUAAAGAGCACAAGCAAAAACACAAGAAGAAGAAACACAAAAAGAGCAAAGACAAAGUCACAGAAGACGCCAAGGUGGACAAAGCUGAGGAGGAGGAAGUGCCAGCGUCUUAACGUCCUGUGAAUUUGGACGGGAACGUCUGCCUCGGCUUCCAAAAAUCAGAUCAUGCCCUGACUUGUUGUGAAGGCUUGUUAGUGGAAAACCUUUAACGGCGCUUGAAGUGAUGGAAAUCAGGAUUAACUCAGGGAUGUGCAGACCCUCCAAUUGUACAUAACCAUCCAUUUGUUGCCUCCACCACCUCCCUGUGAAACGUGUAAAUGUACAGUUUCUCUCUUUGCGUUACUCUCCAUGACUUCACGUUCAGGACUUGGAACGUGUUCACCACCACCGCUUAAUGUGAACUUAUAGCUUGGCCAUGGUUGUCUCCAUAAAUGGGACUUAAGACUUUUCCAUUUCCCAUGUCAAAUGUAUCAGUCUUGCACUUAAGUUGGACAUUGGUGGGGUUUCCAGGUGUGGGUGCUUCUUCUAGGCUGAUCACGUGUAGACGCUACACUGGAUUCUAACACCUAGGGGAUGUUGAGGUGUCUUUGGCUUGGUUUGAAUGACUGCUAUUCUUACCGAUUAUGUUCCCCCUUUUUUAUUAAAAUGUUUUGACCUCAUAAGAAGAGAUUCUUUUUGUAUUCUUUUUCUUUUCAAUCGAACCUAGAAAGUCGUCAUUUCACUGUCCCCAGCCAAGAUGCCAUUGAGCCAUUUGAUGAUCUGCACAAUGAUGCUGCGCAAGGACUGAUGUCAACAAGUACAAUUCCAAUCACUUAACUCCUUGCAAACGAUACUUAGUCUACGUAUUACUUUCUGCCUCCUGUAAUGUGGAGAUUUGCUGCAUAGGAAAUAACAUACAUCCAUUUAAUCUGCCUAAAAAUAUUAACAAAAAAAGUUUCAACAAGAAUAAUUUGUUUUGCAUGCAGAAAAUGUGAAAUUAUUAUAAAUGAGGAAUGGAUGGGCUAAAUGAACUCAUGAACAUGGGUGAGGGAGAGCUUUGCCUUUAAGCUCAGCUCACUCUUCACAGCGGCCUGAUGCAGAGUCCGCAUCACUGCAGAUGCCAUACCAAUGCAUCCGCCUGUUGAUCUCCUUCCAUCCUUCCCUCAGUUGUGAACAAGACCCCAAAUGUGGAAAUACUGUACAUAGU